AACCACACACGCACACCCCCUCCCCUGUCUCCCUCCCCGCGCGCCGCCCGCCCCGCUGGCCCCGCUCGCCCUCGCGCGCUCGGAAGGGAGUCGCGAGACGUCGGAGCGGCGGCCACGUAGCGCUGCGGCGGCGGCGGCGGCGGCAGCGGCGGCCGAGGCCGGGUCUGCGGAGCGGCCCUGAGGACAGACGUUGGGCAGGGGGGAGGGGCCGGCCCGGCCGGCGGUUGUUACUCGAGCGCCGCGGCUACAGGCCCCCCGCCGCAGGGAUGGACCGCCGAGGCGGCGGUCGGGGCGGCGGAGGCGGAGGCGGCCGGCCCGGAUAAGAUGCUCCAAGUCACGUGUAGCUCUCUUCAAAAGACAAAUCACUAGUGCUCUGCUCUUGCCAUAAUACCAAACCUUUUGACUUAUGCUUUGGUGCUGCAACACUGGAAGAAUUGCACACAGGUUCCAGGAAUACUUUUUUUUUUUUUUCAUCUAAGUGAUUCUUUGUGGAUGGGAAAAGAUUUGAGUCCUAAUGCUUACCCUGUUUUAAAGCUAUUUCUCUGUAGUCUGAACUGCUUAAUAAAUUGGGCCACUUACCAAUGAGCCACACAACCAGUUCUUGUCAGGAGCUGGUUGAAAACUGUGCCGUGCAUGUAGCAGGGAUGGCACAAGAAGAUAGCCGCCGUGGUCAAGUACCAUCUACCUUUUAUCAUGGUGCCAACCAAGAACUUGACCUGUCCACCAAAGUGUACAAAAGGGAAUCAGGAAGUCCUUAUUCUGUGUUAGUGGACACCAAGAUGAGCAAACCCCAUCUCCAUGAAACAGAGGAACAGCCAUUUUUCAGGGAGACAAGAGCAGUGUCUGACGUGCAUGCGGUUAAAGAAGACCGGGAGAAUUCUGAUGACACAGAAGAGGAGGAGGAGGAGGAAGAGGAGGAAGUCUCUUACAAAAGGGAGCAGAUCAUAGUGGAGGUAAACCUUAAUAAUCAAACAUUAAAUGUGUCUAAAGGGGAAAAGGGUGUCUCUUCUCAGUCCAAAGAGACGCCUGUUCUUAAGACAAGCAGUGAGGAGGAAGAGGAAGAGAGUGAGGAAGAGGCCACAGAUGACAGCAAUGACUAUGGAGAGAAUGAAAGGCAGAAGAAGAAGGAGAAGAUAGUGGAGAAGGUCAGCGUUACACAAAGGAGGACGAGGAGAGCUGCCUCUGUUGCUGCAGCUGCCACUUCCCCUACUCCCAGAGCUACGAGAGGUCGUAGGAAGAGUGUAGAGCCACCUAAGCGUAAGAAGCGGGCCGCAAAGGAGCCCAAAGCACCAGUCCAGAAAGCUAAGUGUGAAGAGAAAGAGACACUGACCUGUGAGAAGUGCCCCAGGGUGUUUAAUACUCGCUGGUACCUGGAGAAGCACAUGAACGUUACUCAUAGGCGCAUGCAGAUUUGUGAUAAAUGUGGCAAGAAGUUUGUCCUGGAAAGUGAGCUGUCCCUUCACCAGCAAACAGACUGUGAAAAAAAUAUUCAGUGUGUUUCCUGUAAUAAAUCAUUCAAGAAACUCUGGUCUCUUCAUGAACAUAUCAAGAUCGUCCAUGGCUAUGCAGAAAAGAAAUUUUCCUGUGAAAUUUGUGAGAAGAAAUUCUAUACCAUGGCUCAUGUGCGGAAACACAUGGUUGCACACACGAAAGACAUGCCAUUUACAUGUGAAACCUGUGGAAAGUCAUUCAAACGCAGUAUGUCACUCAAGGUGCACUCCUUGCAGCAUUCUGGAGAGAAGCCCUUCAGAUGCGAGAACUGUGACGAAAGGUUUCAGUACAAGUACCAGCUACGGUCCCACAUGAGCAUCCACAUUGGGCACAAACAGUUCAUGUGCCAGUGGUGUGGCAAGGACUUCAACAUGAAGCAGUACUUCGACGAACACAUGAAAACACACACUGGAGAGAAACCCUUCAUCUGUGAAAUCUGCGGCAAGAGCUUCACCAGCCGUCCCAACAUGAAGAGGCACCGCAGAACUCACACAGGCGAGAAGCCCUACCCGUGCGAUGUGUGUGGCCAGCGGUUCCGCUUCUCCAACAUGCUUAAGGCCCACAAGGAGAAGUGCUUUCGGGUGACCAGCCCCGUGAACGUGCCGCCUGCUGUCCAGAUCCCACUCACCAGCGCCCCAGCCACCCCAGUCCCUUCCGUGGUGAACACCCCCGCGACCCCCGCCCCUCCGAUCACCAUGAACCCCGUGAGCACUCUGCCCCCCCGGCCCAUCCCCCACCCCUUCUCGCACCUUCACAUCCACGCUCACCCCCACCACCCCCACCACCUGCCCAUCCCCCCCGUCCCUCACCUGCCCCCCCCUCCAGCUCUCUUUAAGAGCGAGCCCUUAAACAACCGCGGCCAGGGCGAGGACACCUUUCUGCGGCACCUGGCGGAGAAGAACAGUUCGGCGCAGCCCCACUAACAGCCGUCUCCUUCAGUGUGUGCUCCCCAGCCGCGCGCCCCCAUGUGAGUUGGCAGAGCGGGGCGGGCCGGGGAGCUGGUCUGCCGCGGUGGGACCCUCCCCAGCUUCAGCUGCCGCCGCCACCGCCGCCGGGAGCCUUGUCGUUGUCUCGGGGAAUCAGCACAGCCGAGGGAGUGGACGGGAAGACCCGAGGGAGCUCGCGGAGGGCACUGGCGUCUAAACCAGGGAACCACGGAACUAAAGCCCAAUUUGCUUGCAUUUUCUGGUGACUUUUAUAACUUUCAGAUACUCGGACUUGUGGGAUUUUAUAAUUUCAUAUCAGCUGAUGAGGUAUGCUUGCUUUUAUAUCCUGGACGUCUCCUCAAAGAGGGGACAGGCCUGGUUUCCUUUGUACUAAUCGGGAAGGCUGUGAGAUUAAUCCAGAGCAUUAAUUGUAUCACUGUGUAUUGUAACAGAUUCUUUUCAGCUUUUGGUGCUGGCUUCAGAGUGGAGCCAGCCACGUUUCACCGUAUAUCAAGCAUUAUAGAGAAAGACAGAAAUUUUCUUCUUUGUGUAGCUCUCCUAACACACUCUUUAUUUUACUACAGAAAUUAUUUUAGAGUUUUUGUAUAGACUUCUUUAGUAGUCUGUUUCUAAAAUGAAAUGUAUUUCAAUAAGCGGUGUAAUUUUUUCAGUGUAGCUGGACCUAUGUUGUAAAAUAGAAAAAAAAUUUUAUAAUCAUCAAAAUGUGAUUCUUAAAGAUGCAUAUAACUUCUAUAGUUCAAAGUUAUUCUUACAUCCGUACAACUCAAAGGUGCUUCAGAGACUAGAUGUACCUUGAGAGGGUCUCCAGACCAGGCUAGUGCAAAAAGGAGGUUUUGCUUUCUGAACUUGGAAUAAAUCCUCGGUCGUUUUCUAAUCUCUGCUUAACACUCAAAGGUCUGCUAGGCUCGCCGACAUGCUCUUUGCUCCACCUUUCACUUGGUUCAGUUAGUGUGUGUUACAUGGACUGAUUUGCAGAGGGUGGAGCCUUUUCCAGGGAAAUUACCUGAAGCUGGCCUGUUUUGAACGCCUGAGUGGAGCUGUUUACCAUCAAGAGGGGGACAUGGGGACCGGGUUGGG